UUUUUAAUCGAGGAUUUUGGAAUUCUAUAACCACCAGGUUAGGUUAGGUGAAAGGUCAUCUUUAACCGAGCGUGACCGACCGUCUUCUCGACCUUGCAUGACCCAGGCCAGGCAGGGCAAUUUGCAAACGAAGGCAGGUUCAUUUUUUGAUUUUUUACUCCAUUAUUUCAGGUGCCACAAAAUCUUAAACUCUGAUGUAGUCAUGCAACUAUCUACUGCAGCCGGUAAACGUGUGGGCUUGCUUUUAAAUGCCUUACUGAGAGGUGUAAGGUGCAAUCAUGAGGCUACGUUAACGUCGCUGUGUACGAUACAAGUACGUCAGCACUCUGCAUCAGCACAAUCCACCAAUACCACCAGGCUACACUCCAACUUCCUGUCAUCAUCAGCCACAAGGACAUCCCUACCCUCUGUAAGAAGUCUUUGUAGUCAUGGCAACAGUAAAGGCAUCAGCGGUUCAGAAUCGAGUGAUGGAGGAGCGGAGGUCGGCGCCAGAUCAGACAAUGAGCCCAGGGUGCCAUUUUACGAUAUUGUCAUUGUGGGAGGUGGUAUGACUGGGCGUGCUAUGGCAUGCGCAUUGGGGCUUGAGGCAUCUCUAGACCCAUACAAGAUCUUGAUGGUGGAGGGAGCUAGCCAACCAAAGCCAUUACCAGAGGAUCUGUCUGACAGUGAAUACAGCAACAGAGUAUGCGCUCUCAGCCAAGGCUCUGUGGAUCUACUAUCAAGCAUUGGAGCCUGGUCUCAUAUGGUGAUCCAUAGGGUACAACCCGUACGCAGCAUGCAGGUUUGGGAUGCUUGCUCAGAUGCUGCCAUCUCCUUCAGAAGCGAGCCAGAGGCGGGUCAGGAUCUUGCCUUCAUCGUCGAGAACGAUGUGACGGUGGAUGCGCUGAGCAGACAGCUAGAGAAAUUGGGAAGCAGGGUUAAGAUGAUGUACAACAACUCAGUCAAAGAAAUCAAGGUGCCAGAUCAGACUUUAUCGGAUCAAGAGAGCUGGGUGAAAGUGGAACUAGCAAGUGGCAAGAUCCUGAAGACUCGGAUUCUUAUCGGUGCAGAUGGAUCCAACUCUGUGAUCAGAAGGCUGUGUGAUAUACCCUAUGUACAUUGGCAGUACGACCAGUCAGCUGUGGUUGCUACACUCCGCCUGUCAGAGCCAACAGAAAAUGUGGUAGCGUGGCAGAGAUUCCUACCUACUGGACCUAUAGCAAUGUUACCGCUGACCAAUGAGAUGAGUUCACUCGUGUGGAGCACCAGUCACAGUCAAGCAGAGAGUCUCAUGCAUAUGAAUGAGGAGCAGUUUGUGGAUGAAGUGAACGAUGCUUUUUGGGACGACAGCCGUAAAGACCAAAUAGCCACUAGUGCAGGCCAGUUUAUGAACAGCGUCCUGUCGUUGGUCAGGCCUGAUGGGUCAGGGGUCAGGCAGCUACCUCCCAGCGUGUCCAGUAUCUCACCGGCCAGUAGGGCUAUGUUCCCACUGUCUCUUGGCCAUGCGUCCCACUAUGUCAAGCCGCGCAUCGCUUUGAUUGGUGACGCAGCCCAUAGGGUGCAUCCCAUGGCUGGCCAGGGUGUCAAUCUUGGUUUUGGUGACGUCGCUUGUCUCAGAGACUCGCUGGUUUCAGCUGCUAGCACGGGCAAAGACCUUGGCUGCCUGUCACAUCUCCUGGAGUACGAGACUAGCAGGCAGCGUGCGGUCAUCCCUGUUGUUGCCGUCAUUGACGGCUUGAAACGCCUCUAUUCAACAGACAAUCCUUUAGCUGUGUUGGCACGGAGCCUGGGACUACAGGCAACAAAUGCAAUGGUGCCAUUGAAGCAACAGAUCAUAACCAUGGCAACUGGAAGAUAGUCACAACUGGAAAUAACAUUAUAAAAAUUGUUUUGAGUAUCAGAAUAUGCUGGACUUGCAGAAAUAUGCAAAUGUACGAUAUAAACUUGGCCCUGCCACAGUUACUUGUGCCCGAGACCUAGUGAUGCUCAAUACUCUGCAACUGGUUUCGGUACAGUGGUACAUGAUUUUGUCAAACAACAGGGAUUGGCCAACUGUAAUUCAAGUUUAACUUGAGCUCUUCCUGAAUACAGUCGACUCUCGUUAUAACAAGGUCGAUGGGACUAGCC